UGUGGGCGUUGUCGAUCACAUGUAGGUCAGUAUUAAAAUGCCUGCAGGUUAUUCCCACCUACUCGGUAGAAGUCAAGAGGAAGGGAUCUAUCACUACCUGAAUCACCUGCUUUUGUGAGCAAUUAAUUCAUGUAGAAACAGUGGACUAACCGGUCAGAUAACUGCUUGUAUACGCACAGUAUUGGUUUCAAUGGAGCCCAAAACUGUAGUAAAGGAGAAGUUUUUCAUCGUGAUACGCGGGAAGUCGAGGAAAGGCUUCAGCCGAGGAUGUGUCGGCCGUGUGGAGGCAGAGACGCAGCGCGGAGAGCUGAUGGGGCUGCUGUACUGUGGCGGCAGCAACGCGGGGAGCCCCAAGAGCCGAGGCAUCGUGAGGAGGGAGGACAUGUAUCCUCUGACCCGCCACCAGGCCCAGCUACUGCUCUUCGUGUCCCCCGCAAGCAAACGCCUGGAGCUGCUGUGUAACCCCCAGCUCUUCUCAGCCAUCUGUGAGUUGUCUCAGGAUGACCUGGUGGUGGUGAAGCACAAGAGGGGACACCUGCCUGGGCUGGUGAAGAACCUGAUGCAAAUUGGGAGGAAGGAGAACAAAGACGACCUGCACAUGCUUGGCUUUGAGGUGGAAUUUGUGGACAAUGAUCACAAUUUGUCAUCCAAGAAACCUGCUCCACUGCCCCUGUUCAGUGCUGCAGACAUCGUCCAGGUGGUCCCAUCGUGCUCCGUUCCCCUCGGACUGCACUGGAAAGACGGCCAAUGUGGGAGUCUAAACAGAAAAGCGGUGACACGCAUCAACUCCAUGCCGAACAUAGGAUCUCGUGCACGACAAGUGAGAGAGAACCAUACAGAGCAGAGUGUCAUUCAGAGCCAAAGUUCAAGCACAUCUCAUGUGCCUUUGGAGGUGGGAUCCAUGGUGGAGGUGAUGUCCAACUCAGGGAUCACAGUGUACGGAGUCGUCCGGUGGUUGGGGGUCCCUGGAAAGAGGACUGAUGAAUGGGCUGGGAUUGAAUUGGACUAUGAGGUGAACGGCUGCUCUGAUGGGAAGUACGGAAGCCAGAGGUAUUUCACCUGCAAAGCGAACAGGGGGUUGUUUGUUCCCGUCACAAAGUGCAGCCCUGAUAGCAGGUUCGUCUGCUCCUCUACAGGAAGGGAGACCCCCAAACCCACUGACACACCUCCAGUUCCUCCAUUUGAGGACUCAGACGAGGAUGCACCACCUAUCCUCGAAUCAGAGGCGUUGUCUUUGUUAGUGGGGAAAAUGAAAGGGAUCCAGGGUCAUUUCAACUCCUGUUACCUCGAUGCCACACUCUUCAGUUUGUUCAGCUCAUCAGUGACCCUGGAUAAUAUCUGCCACAAGCCUGCUGACACAGAGCAACCCAUAACCUGCACUCUUAGAAAAAUAGUCAACUGUUUACGCAGACAAGGGUUUGUGCCUGCUGACAGUGUGAUGAAUUUCCGUAAAGAGCUUGGCUGCGACACCUUCCGAACAGAGGAAAAAGACCCAGAGGAGUUCAUCACAGUCCUCUUUCAGAAGGUGCUUUGCAUGGAGCCACUGCUCAAGCUCAGAUCGAGUCAAGAAACAUCUCAGGGUGCCUACACCUUUCAGAUCUUUCUGGAAAAAGAACAGAUGGGGCAGAUGCCCACCGUCCAACAGCUGCUGGACACAUCCUGCCUGUCGGGUGACCUCAAGUUUGAAGAGAUGCCGUCCUGUCUAAUGGUUCAGAUGCCAAGGUUUGGAAACAAGUAUAAGAUGUUUUCUCACAUCAUUCCCUCCACUGAGCUGGACAUCACAGAUCUCCUCUACAACUCUCCAAGGGAAUGCUUCAUCUGUGGGCAUUUGGCAGAGUAUGAGUGUCUUCAGUGUCUACCAGAGCGCAAACUGCAGCCAGGGAGAAUCAAACAGUACUGUACUACCUGCAACACACAGGUGCACACCCAUCCUUUGCGGCAGGGUCACUCCCCCAAAGCUCUGGCAGUACCAUCAGAAGUAGCCACUGAUACUCCUGUGCCCAGGCACACGAUGCAGCUGUUUGCUGUGCUCUGCAUUCAAACCAGCCACUAUGUGUCCUUUGUCAAAUACGGCCCUGAUCCUCACUCCUGGCUCUUCUUUGACAGCAUGGCAGACAGAUGCGGUGACGAUCAAUGCGGCUACAACAUUCCCGAGGUCCGAGUUUGUCCAGAGCUGGGUGACUUCCUGUCCCAGCCGGAGGAGGAGCUGACUCGGGCUAACCCCUCCCAGGCUCCUGAACUGGUGCGCAGGCUGCUGUGUGACUCCUACAUGUUUUUAUACCAGAACCUAGCCACGCCGCUUUCAAAGCCAAACUAUCCGGAGUCUUAAAUGCAUGUGAGGACGAGGACACAACAUUCCCAUAACAGUGCCUUUGUAACCUUGCAUCUCUGCUUAAUCAGCAAGAUUUUGUGUUUCUUACAUCCAAACAGCAGGAACUGAAACGGAUGCUUUUAACGUCAUGGGGGGAACAGUAUUGUUGAAGAGCAAAAGAAUAUUGUAGUUCAGAAAUUUGACUUUGAUAGUGAUUUCAGUCGAUGUUUAUGUAAGGAGAGAGACUGAGGAGUAAAAAUAUUACCCUCUGAACUCCUCAUUGUUGCCGCCUUAUCUCUUGAAUGUCUUGCUGUUGUUACACUGUCAUUAUUUAUACCAAGAUUAUAAAGGAAAUUGUAGCUUCUCAGUGAUUUUCAUGACUUUUAAUAUACCAAAUAUCUGGAAAAAACAUGAAGUCCACUCAAGCACUUAGUGACACGUUUGUGUGGUGUUGAAAAUGUUUAACUCUGGAUUGUCAGUUGUGACCUAAAACACUCACUGAAGCCUCCCAGAUCAUAUAAACUACAUGAAGACUGAAAAGUACAUGUAGGAUUGUAUUGUAUUUAUUGUAAACAAUUGCACUGUGCGCAGAUUUUACUACUAUACAUUAAUGGAUCUGUAAUAUGCUAUUUCCAUCAAUAAAAUGUACAUGAAAUUGCA